CUUUGAGCGGCACAAUGGAGCAGCUUCGUGUGACGACCGCCGCCGGGAUCUCGCCGCUCGCAACGAGUCCCACCCGCUGGUGGCUCGCUCAGCUCGCCGUGUGGUCAAUUAGCAUCGUGCCCGCGCUGGUAUGGCCGACCUGGCUCGCUGUCUUCGGCACCGGCUGGCUGCAGACCGUCCUUCUCUGCCUGGUGCUGCUCGUGCGCCGAUCGCAGCGCGAGCCUGCGAAUCCUCUCCACACCGUGCGCGUUGCGGCGGAUGCGCCGGCCGCGCCGCCGCCAAAGCGGCUGCGCCUCUCGCUGGCGCGGCGAGCCAUUGCAUCCUCUCGCGUGCGCAUCAUCGUCGUCUCGCGGCUGAAAAGGGCCAUCGCGCUGCGUGGAGCCGAGGCCGUGCUGGCGGAGCUCUUCCGCGGAGCUCGGCCGCCAGGGAGGCGGGAGCCGCCGCUCAUCGAGUCGGCGCCCCCGGCGAGGGCCUACUUUGCCCUGGUCUCGUACCGGCAGGAGCGGCUCGAAGGCGACGACAGCGGGACAACGAUGGACGCCGCGGCGCUCGCCUCGAUCGCCGACGUGGCGCACGCGGCGGGGCUGGAGGGAAUAUGGCUCGACGCGUGCUGCUUCGCGGCGGUGCAAAACAAGUACGACCACGACUCCUUUGUCGCCACCCUCGCUGCCGUCACGCAGCACGCGAGCGAGGUGAUCUGGCUCCCGCGCGCGCGCACCGCCUCCAAGGCGUCCUCGUACCAGUUCCGGCUCUGGUGCACCUUCGAGGCGGCGACCGUGGCGGAGCGAGGGCUGCCGGUGCGGGUCGCGGGGGUGGGCCUCUCGCAGUCGCAGCUCCUCCUCCACCGCUUCGGCACCUGGACGCCCCUCUGGCCCGGCUGCGAGAUGGGCGAGGUCCGCAAGCUGCAGACCUGCCACUCGAUCCUCCUCGUCCUCUUCUUCCUCUCGCCGCUCGUCGUGGCGCCGCUGGUCUGGGUGCUCCGCGCCCCCGCCGCCCUCUCGCAGUGGGCGCCAAAGCUGUCCCACGAGUACUGGCUCUGCGAGUCGGGCCAGAGCGUGCUGCGGGUCAUGCUCCUUGCUGCCGAGGAGACGGCACACGGACGCCGCCACGGCCGGACUUCGGCGCGGAGUACGCUCACAGCCGGCACCUCCCUCGGCGGCGGGCAGACCUCCCUCUCGGAGCUGCGGUGCAGGGACUCGUCUUUGGGCACCGCCCACCGCCCGUCUCUGGUGGCGGAAGAGCACGGCGCAGAGGAGGCGGGGCUCGAGGAGGCGAGCCUCGAGCAACUCUGCGGAGGCGUCCGCGACUCGGCAGACAGCGAGGCCAAGCACUUCCACGCCGCAGUCAGCCAACACACGCCGCCCACGCCGCCGCACUCCGCACCGCUGGAGCCAGCGUCGCACGGCCAUCCCCUUCCCUCGCCGGCGUCGGUGGCGGCGGUGGCGGCGGCAGCCGCCGCCGCUGCGUCUGACGAGAGGACCCUCGACGCUCGGCUGGCGGCAGAGCUGGAGGCUGCUGGUGGCAGCGCGACGCCGCCGCAGCCACCCGUCUACAGGGGCGGCCGCCGGUUCGCGUCGGGCAGCUCCUUUGCGGCGGACAAGGGCGGCAGGUCUGCGCGGCCGUCGAGCGAGCUGCACGGCGAGUCUUCGCGCUCGUUCUACGACCCUCGCUCCAUCUGGGAGGGGUUCCGCGCCAGCCGGCGGCUGCAGGGGGCGGCCGCGUCCGCAAAGCUGCGCAACGAGGAGCGCCGCCGCCGCCGCAUCCGCGCCGCUGCCGGCAAGCUCUCGCUCGGCCUGCGGCACGGGCUGCCGUGGCUGCCUUGCUACGACCGGCGGGACGUGCUCGUGGUGGCUCAGACGCUGGACAGGCUCGCGCGGCGGCCGACGAACGUGGACGAGAUGCGCGCGGUGGCGCUCUCCGCCUUCGUCGCCGCCAUCUUUGAGGACGCCGCCUGCGCGCGAGGCAGGUCGCUGCGGCAGUGGCUCGAGGAGCGCUCUCUGCCUCUGCCGGGCGAGUCGAGGGCGGCUGCUGGAGGCGCGCCGGCCUCGUGGAUGGAUUGCGCCUUCCGGACGCCCGCCACGAUCGGGCACGACAGCGGAGAGACGCUGAGGAUGCACAUGCAGGAGGGUGCGAGCG